GUAUUCAUGCAUUUUAUCCAAUCGCACUUAGAUGAUUAGGGCGGAAACAGAAAGUUCCACUUCUGUAAUCACAUAAGCUUAUAAUAUUAUAUGUUAGAAAAUUAACUGUCUUUGUUGGACGGAAGGAAGUUGAUAGAUUGUGCAUACAGAACAGAUUCUUGAUCUUUCUGAAGGUAAUAAUAAUAAUAAUAAUAUAGAGUGCUUAUUAUUAUAAUAUUACUAUGAUUAUUAUUAGUAUAUGUGUGUAUUGAACGAAAAAUGUUUUCAAAUUAAUGUUAACUAACGGAAGGAAAUUUGUGUUAAAACUUCACUUCAAUAAUAUUCAAUGAAGCACCGUCUAGACUUGGAUUCCUGUUCCGUUCUACUUUUAUUUUUUCUUUUAACAGGAAAAAACUGUAUCUAUCUAUCUAUCUAUCUAAGAGAAUAUAUAAAAAUAUAUAUGGAAUAAUUAUAACUUUUCCUUUUUACUCAUUCAUACCUCAAAAGAUCCGGAUUUAUAUUUAUGUUUUAUUGUACUACUACUAUUACGACUACACGAAUACAACUAGGAUUCGUUCCGCCCGAUUUGAUUAAUAUAUUGUAACGAUCUAUAUCCGGUCACCGAAUGAAAUAAACAAGAUUACAUCUGACUAUUACUAUUACUACUACUACCACUACAUAUAAUAAUAAUAAUACAAUAUGUGUAAAUGUAAUAUACAAACCACAUAUACACAAUAGUAAUAAAAGUUUGCAUCUAUUAUUUAUUUAUUAUUAUGUACGUAUGUAAAAAUUAUGUUCACUUACAAUUUCUUUUUUUAUAUUUUUUCUUAAUUUUUUUUUCGGAUAUUGUAUAAUUACAAUAACGACAACGACAACAACAACAAAAACAACGACAACCACUGAUAUCUUUGACGAUUUCCGCUUCAACGCUUUACUUUCUUUAUCAUCAAUAUGUACUACUAUAAUUAGUAGUAAAUAAUUUUUUUGAAAAAUCAAGUGAAACAAUCGGAAAUAAACGGAUAACAAACACUAUUUUAAAAAGAAAGAUGAAUAUAUCAGAUACGCAACUAUUCCAUUCACGACAACCAACAAAUUGGUCAAUGAUGUUUCCAUUCAAUAAUAAUAAUAAUAAUAAUAAUAAUAAUAAUACUGUAGAUGUAUAUGAGAAAUCACGUAUCAAUAAUAAUAGUAGUGCUAAUAAUAGUUUGACCAAUCAUCAACUACAAACAUCUCCAUCUUUUUCUCCUCCACCACCAGCUCUAUUACCGUCACCUGCAACAUUACCACAUCCACCUUUUCCUCCUCCUCUACAUCACAAUCCACUUUCACGUCAAAACGAUCCACAAUCACAACAACGGGAGGAUCAACAACACCAACAAUUGUCACCGCCAGAUGCAAGUACAUUGCAGGAAUUUAUGAAUUAUGGAUUAUUGCCGAUUUCAUCGAAUCAAACUAGUCAAUAUAAUACUACUACUAACACUAAUAGUAAUAAUAAUAAUGCCAGUCAAUUAGAUGCAUUUUACAUAUCUUCAAGUGUUAAUGUGGUACAGAAUGAUGUGAAUGCAAUUCCUACGUCUGAUUCUCAAUUAAAAUUGACUACAGAGCCUACAAACAAUAUGUUUAGCAACAUUCUACCAUAUACACAUAAUGAAGGAUUAUCAGACAUUAGUUCUUCCUAUAGAGAUAUGGUUUUUCCACAAAGCUUUAACAAUACUACUCUUAAUGGAAAUAGUAGUAUGAUGAGUGGAUCUGAUGUCUCAAGAUCAUUUCAACAAUUGGAUCCAUGGACAUGGAUGAAUAUAAAUCACCCAAUCAAUUAUCCAGUAACAUCACUUAAAACUAAUCCUUUUCCAGCCAUUAAUACAUCAACAUCACCUUUGUCCACUUCGUUAACAUCUACACGAUCACUGUCAUCUACAUCAGCCAUGUUAUCAUCGAUUCCCGAUAAUCAAGAUGUAACUAUGGCUUUAGAGUUAGCUAAUAAAGCUCAUCGUCUUAAUAACAGUAUUUCUAUCUCAAGAGAGAAUGAUUUUAUAUCAUUGCCGAAAUUUAUGGGAAUGACGUCGUCAUCGCCUAAAAAAUACACUAAAGGUCUUCUUUCUCUUCAAAGACCUCAUCAUCAUGAACAUCAUCACCAACAGCAACAGCAACAAUCGUUACAAACACAACAACAGUACAAAUUUGAAGAUUUUCUACCGAGUACAUUUAAUGUUGAACAAAAUGGUUAUAAAACAACUAUAUCUGAUUUUAAUAGUAAACAUAAUAAUAUUAACAAUACAGAUGGAAUUCAUAAAGAAUUUCCAGAUAAAACUACUUCACCUACUUCUACAUCAGGAUUAUUUCGUCUACCAUCGAUUAGUCUAUGUGAUACGAAUAUCUAUUCACAAACAAUGAAUGCUAUGAUCACUAUGAAACCAGAGGUCCUAUCAACAGAUGUAUACAAUCGGAUAGAUGGAAAUUAUCGUGGAGAAAAUAAGCAUACCAAUAUUGCUGGGACGACCACUACUGCUGUUAUUAGUAACAACAAUAAUACUAACAACAAAUUACAUCGUUCCAAUAGAUCUUAUACAUCAUCUACAAUAACUGAUGAAUAUGAUUUAAAGUAUAAGUCUCGUUUAUCAGGUCAUCAAAAUAAACAAUCCAAUAAUAACAGUAACCAUGGUAAAUUGAAAGAAUUAAUUUCAUUACAAAGGCGAAAACGCUCUACAUUCAAUACUACUACUACUUCUGUAGCUACUACUACUAAUACUUCUACUACAAAUAAUAAUAAUAAUAAUAUCAACACUACUGUUCAUCAUUCUAUCAAUAACAAUAUAACUGGAUCUAGCAUGAUACCAAAUGUUACAAUGGCUGUCAACACUACCCCUUCAAUAACAAGUUUAAACAAAACUAAUUUUCUUGCAAAUAAUAAUAAUAAUAACUCGGAAUUAAGUAGUAAUUUAUCAAAUAAUAUUGAUAUAACACAUCGUUUAGGUAAAUCCCAUUUUAAUGAUAUAUUAAAUCAAUAUAAUAAUGAACAUGAAGAGAAUAAAAAUUAUCGAAAAUCUAUAAAUACUACUAAUCAGAAUAUAAUGAAUAAUCAUCAUUUAGAUGAACCAUUUGUAAAAUAUAAUGCAAAAUUAAUGAAAAUUACUUCAGAUAAUGAAACUAACUUAUCUACACAGAUAAAUGAUUAUGAUUAUACAAAUUUAUCAUUGUAUACAAAACAAGCUAAUUCUUCAAUUGGUACCAAUCAAUGGAGACCACAAUGCUCUGGACAAAUACAAUUAUGGCAAUUCUUACUAGAACUAUUAUCGGAUUCUAAAAAUUUAGCUUGUAUCACAUGGGAAGGAACUAAUGGUGAAUUUAAACUAGUCGAUCCUGAUGAAGUAGCACGAAGAUGGGGUGAACGUAAAUCAAAACCGAAUAUGAAUUAUGAUAAAUUAAGUCGUGCACUACGUUAUUACUAUGAUAAGAAUAUUAUGAGUAAAAUAAAUGGUAAACGUUAUGCUUACAAGUUUGAUUUUAGUGGAUUAGCUCAAGCAAUGCAACCGCCAACAUGUGGUAAUUCACCAACUCCUGAUACAAUGAAUACUAGUUCACAAAUGUUAUCAUCAUUAUUAUUACCAAGUGUAUGUCAUGGAUUAGGUAUCAUGAAUUCAUCAACACAAGUAAAUUUAAAUCAUAGUAUAACACCAACUACUGGUACACAUUAUUCUAAUUUAUUAAUGUCAACACAACUAUCCCAAAAUCCUAAUUUAAAUAAUAAUACUAACAAUAAUCAUACUACUAAUGAUGCAUCAAUAAGUAGUAAUAGUAGUAAUAGCGAUAGUAGUAAUAACAAUAUUAAUCGUAAUGAUUUCUAUGGUCGUUUUUCUUCACGUUCAACAAAUCCUAUAUCAACAGAUUUAUUUCCUUAUACAACAAAUGUUUCUAAUUACUUUAACACAACAUAUUCAUGUUCAUCACCAUCCUAUAUUCCGAGAUUAGGAUCACAUCCUAUCGAUUUUCGAUCGAAUCACCAACAAUUACAUACUAAUACUUCAGAGACUAUGAAUGAUACUAGUAGUUUGAAUAGAACAGAAUAUCCUAUUGAUUCAUUUGACUAUGGUAAUUUUGCACAGAAUAAAUCUAAUAAUCCUACUUAUUCAUUUUCUAAUGGUUCCUAUACUCAAGAUGUAUUACAUUCUGCACGUAUGGCCGCAGCUGCAGCGGCAUGUUGUUUAAUAUCACCACUUAAUAACAGUUAUAAUAAUAUGUCAUCUUUAAACAACUAUUUAACGGAUGAUGACAGAACUAAUAUGAUUACAACGAAUACAGAUUCGUUAAUUACAAGUAAAUUUCAUUCACUAGAUGAUUUUGAUACAUCACGUCUUCAUCAGUCACAUUUACUCCAACAACAACAACAAUACCAGCAGCAUCAACAUCAUCACCAUCAUCCUCAUUCUCAACAUGGACAACAACACCAGGAAAAUGAGUUACAUCAGAAUGGUUUACACGUUGAUCAACAUAAAUCAUUAACCCAUUUAUCUACAUUUAAUCAAAUAACAAAUAAAAAUUUUUUUGGAAAAAGUCCCAAACAAAAUUUUCCUAAUGAGAAUGAAUACAUCUCAACUGGGAUUCUAAACAAUAUAGAAUUAAGUAGUAUUAGUAGUAGUGUUAGUAAUAAUCAAAACAAUAAUACUAAUAACACUACUAUUAUUAAUAAUAACAAUAGUAAUGAUGAUUUGAAUACAUCAAAUAUGUUCAAUCCUACUACUCAUCUGAUUCGAGAUACUACUCAUAAUAAUCUAUCUCUUUUUCAUGGGAUGAGAAUACUUCCUGACAUAGAGGAUAAUAAUAAUCAUAAUAAUAAUACUAACUCACUACUUACAAACUCAGCUAAUUCAACUUUAACCCCUUCAUCAUCAUCAUCAUCAUCUAAUAUUGAUCAAAAUAAUUUAAAUACAAAUUUUAUAUCUAAAUCAAUAAAUCCAUUAAUGGAUACAUCGAAUUUGAUUGGAUCAUGUUUUCCAAUAAUAAAUCAAACAUCAACUAGUCCAGUGAAUAGAAUUAAUUCAUGGUUUACAACAGUAACAGAAGAUGGACAAUCAUCAUCGUCAUCUUCUUCUUCAUUGACUACAACAUUCAGUUAUUCAGAUUCGAAUGACUUACACAAGACGAUCAACUUAUCAAUAAGCUAAAUAUAUGUAUAUUUAUAUAAAUCUUAUUUGCUUUUUGAAGUACUGUAUUCAACAAUGAUGUCACAUUUUAAUUUGUCAAUUUCUGGAUGUUCAAUGUUUCCAAUGGAUCCAUUGAACAUUCAUCGAACAUCUACAGUGUACUUAUUGAUUUUUAUUUAUCUUGUGUUUUUUUUUUGUAAUUUGAUACAAUGAUUUCAUCUAAUCUAUAGAUAUAUUUGAUUUACAUCUGAAUUAAAAUGUUGAAAUACUA